AUGAAUCCUCAAUGCGUUUCCCCAAAUGGCGAUAAUGGUUCAAAAUGGGGCUCGGGCUCGUCCGCGUGCCUUUCGUCUUCUUCCGAUCCAAUAUUCGCCGCCGAGGACUCGGUAAUUCCGACGCUCGACGAGGUGCGGCAGGUGUAUGCGAGAAGCAGGAGCCAUUGGCAAAACCUGCUGGCGAGGGCUAAAUCCAUGCGUAUGCGCGAGGGCACCGUCAACCUUUCCACUAUUGCCCGAAACACGCCCGCGCGCUGCUCUGCCUCUCGCAGCUGCCUUUUCAGCUCUUCUAUACUCGUUAGUUCAUCCAUGACGCGUAUGGGCACCCUUGUCCUCACGUGUAACUUUGGAAAUUGCUGGGUUAUCUUAUCGAUAACGGGUUCUUACUGUAUUUCCAACUCUGCAACCAGCGCGACGCGCAACAUGUGCCGCAAAAAGCUCCGCAUGGCCAACGUCCACCGCGCCAGGCGUCCUCUUAGGCAGAAAUGGCCACCCAACCGGCAUGUCUUGCUUGAAUCUUAUUUCGACUUUACGUUACCCUCCGCGACCGUUGACCAGUCCCCGACCAAGAGAAUAUGCGACCGUCGCGCCCCUUCCGUUGCCACGUCCCAGACUCUAUGUCCCAACACGACGAGCGAGGAUCAUCAGUUGGCACAUCGUCUGUCGGACCCUCUAUACCCCAAGAGUGGAUUUAUCGCUACGGGCGAGACAACCAUUACUGAGAAAAGAAGUUCUGCACCUAUGUCCGAGAAGAUGACGCAACAUGAGACCGAAUGAAAGGAGAGGCGAAACGAAGCACUUCGAAAAUAUGAUGAGCCGCCAUACUUGUACUCGCUAAUGCGAAUCUUUUCAGCCUUUCAAUGUAAAAGAAGCAUCUCUCGUACAAGAAAAUAGGGAAAGAUAACAGUGACAUGAAACCUACAUGUUCAAUCUCUUUACCUGAAGCUCAGGGUUGAGGCAUCGCGUAGAGAGGAAGGUCAACCCAGCCCUUGCUCCUUUUUGUUACAAGCAUACCAGAUAGGAGACCUCCACAGGGAAGCUCUGAGCCACCAAAUCUGCCCUAUGGCAGAUAUCCUUGCUCAGUAGGUUGGCAGUUUUGCCCCGCUUUCCAAUUCAUCAGUAGCUGGUGGAAGUUCUUGGUGUGUUGGGUAUGAAAUAUACACCAUAAAGCUUCCACCGGAUACUUCGGAAGUAAGGUAUUUAUUGUUCGCUAGCGCGGGGUGGGCAACAGUCUACAACCUGCUCAGGCAGCAAUUAAUCAAAGCUAAGCUUCGGCUAGAAGCCUUACGUCCAGCCACAUCGCCACUUCAGCGCUCCUUGCUACCCUGAAGAAGGAAAUUACCAACGUUAAACGCAAGCGAGGCUGGUAACAUCCAUAGAUAUCAGAUGAAAAAAAUUACGAAUUUUUCGUCGAGUUACGUCUCUUAGCCAGUGUAUGGCAUCAAAGCGGAGACAAAAAAAUAUGCAAGCGUGUUACCACCC